UUGGGUACCAAAUUAAUCUUUAGAACCAACCAAAUAUUAUGUUGAUUUUUUUUCCUAUAUAAUUAUUCAAUUAUUCAUCAAUAAAAAGAGUAAUUAAAAAGGCAUCAACCUUGACCAUUUCCCGCUCGAACAUCACCCAAGAAAACGAGACUAACAUCUUAAACGGUAUCGUUUCUCCUUCUCGUGCCCUGGUUUUUUCCCGUUACGUCCCGUACAAUGUCGGAAUCCGGCGUCGUUCGGAACCGAGGUGGUGGUAGGCGGUUGCCGCCGAGGAGGCACCGACAACAGCCGCAGAUGGAGUGGCGGCGUCGGCAGGAACAAAGGCCGUUGCUUCCAGGGACUUCGUCGGAGAACCGAACGGAUAACGAGGUAGCCCCAACAUCAUCUUCUUUUUCGCCGGCGAAUAGUGGCUAUGAUAACAGUGAAAGAAACAAUAACAAUAAUCCGACGAAUUUGGAUCGGUUCUUGGAGUUCACAACUCCGGUGGUUCCAGCUCAACGUUUACCUCAGACAAUCAUAACCCGACGGCGACGGCGACGGCGACACUCACGGGAGAAUCCUCGGUAUUUUGUUCUCAAGGAUUUAUGGGAAUCUAUGGAGGAAUGGAGUGUGUAUGGAGCUGGGGUUCAUAUUUUGUUGGAGGGGUACCCUGUAAUUCAAUACUAUGUCCCUUACUUGUCUGCCAUUCAGCUGUAUAUUGACCCUUCAAGACCCUCCACAAGCCAAAGGAUGCCUGGUGAGGAGAGUAGUAUCAUGUCAUCGAGUAGCAGUGGGAGCAAUGAUGCCAUCCAGGGAGCUCAGAGUCAUGUCGAGAUUGGAGAUGCUGAAAUCUUGGCAUUGAAUAGAUUGUCACUUAGAGAUAGGCAUGAAACCGAUACUCGUAACAAUCCUGCAGGUCAACUUGUUUUCGAGUACUUCGAGCAAGAUGAGCCAUCUAGUCGGAAGCCUUUGACCAACACAGUUUCGGAUCUAGCAUCCCAAUUUCCAGCUUUGACGACGUACAGAAGCUGUGAUCUAUUGCCUUCGAGCUGGAUUUCCGUGGCAUGGUAUCCUAUAUAUAGGGUGCCAAUGGGUCCAACUUUGAAAAAUCUGGAUGCCUGCUUUCUAACAUAUCACUGCCUUUCUACACCAUCAAACGGUACUGCCACAGAUAGCCUACCCUUGCGAGGUUUUAACAUCAGGGAGCUUGAUGCUGCCGAAAUGCCCUCAAAGCUACCAUUGCCUACCUUUGGACUUGCAUUCUAUAAGUUCCAAGCUUCCAUCUGGAAUGCCCCCGAAGUUAUCGAGUCUCCAAAAGCCAAUUCCCUUUUACAAGAGGCUGAUAAUUGGCUUAGGCAUUUGCAAGUUGAUCAUCCAGAUUUCAGGUUCUUUGUUACCCAUACUUGAAACAAGAAGUUCCCAUACAUAUAACUCAAAAUUGCAUAUCAAAUAUGUAGGUUGAUAUAACUUUAUUGUUUUUUUUCCUUAAUCUUCGGUGCUUAUGCAUCUCAAAAUCUCAACUAAGACAUUCCCUUGAUAAUUUACUUACUAAUUCUCUUUGAAACAA